AUGAGAAGAUCCAUCUCCUUCCUGGGCUGCGUCACACAAGUCUUCCUGGUGGUUUUCUUUGUAACUGCAGAAUAUUUUGUCCUCACCAUCACCUGCUCCGAGGACCACGUCGCCAUCAACGUGAGCAUCACCGCCGCGGUACCGUUAGCCGUCAUCUGCUUCAUUCUCAUCAUCUUCUCGUACGCGUGCAUCUUCUGGGCCGUUCUGAGGAUGCCAGCCGCUGAGAGCCCGGCCAAAGCCUUCUCCACCUGCCUGCCUCACCUCGUCGUCGUCAUUCUCUUUCUCAUGACUUCUUUCUUUGCAUACUUGAAGCCACCCUCAGAUUCCCCCUCUGUACUGGACUUGCUGUUGUCCAUGUUCUACACCGUGGAAGUCAUCAUCAGCUACCAAGGUCUAAGUCCCUACCAAAGUCCCUCACAUCUCCACGUCCAAGUCUUCUCCGUGGUCUGGUUUGCCACCUCAGAGCUGUUCAUACUCUCGGUCAUGUUCCAUGACUGCUACGCCACCAUCUGCCUCCCCCUGAGCUACGAGGUCGUCAUGCUAGUGUCCGUGUUCUACACCUUGGUGCCCCCCUCCUUGAACUACCUCAUCUACAGCCUGAGGAACAGGGUCGUGAAGGCCGUCAUGGGCAGGAUCCUAAAAGGGGACCAGCCCAGCCCUGCAGAGGUCAACGACACCUAG